AUGAAUGUUUCUCCUUUCUGGGACUUCCACAACAUCAAGUUUGCCCAUGAUACCUCCGGUCAGCGUCGCUUCGCUCCUCCAGAGCCAUACAGCCCCCCUAGUGGCGCCGAGAUCGACGGGACUUCUCCUGGACCGGCAUGCCCUCAGUUCCAAGCCGCAGUUCCGCCAUUCUUCGAUGAGACGCCUAACAUAAGCGAGGAUUGUCUUCACUUACGAAUCACGAGGCCAGCUGGAACAACUGCCAAUGACCGACUGCCGGUCGUAGUGCACCUUGUUGGCGGUGGGGUGGUGAAGGGCUCCAGCGACGACUCGCACCACGUCGCCCUGAACUACCGACUGACUAUCUUCGGGUUCGCUCGCCUUCCGAUACUCCAGGAUCAAAAGUCUCUGAACGUUGGGAUGAGGGAUCAACGCGCUGGUUUUCAAUGGGUUAAGGACCACAUUGCAGCGUUCGGAGGCGACCCUGAGAAGAUCACGUCGUUCGGGCUCAGCUCAGGCGCAACAUUUACGUCUCUGCAUCUCAUGACAUACGCGGGCGAGCAAGGGGUUCCGUUUACUCAAGCAUGGGCCAUGUCUGGUCCUCCAGGCACUGCGCUCAAUAUGACAUCUGAUGCUACAGAGAUACAUACUCGUGCUGUCGCUGACAUUGCAGGCUGCCCGGUCCAAGACGAACCGAGUUCUGAUGAACAAAUUCUGCAGUGCUUGAGGGAUUUGUCGAUGAGCGAAUUGCUAGAAGUCGCGGUGGCAUAUUCGCAGCAGAAUCAUCCUCCUUUAGGUCUUUUUACAUUUAUCCCCUCAAUUGAUGGGGACUUCCUACCGGAACGCCAGUCUGCGCUUUACAGAGCAGGGAAAUUCGUUAAAGGCAUUCCUAUCGUUCUUGGUUGGACUCAAGAUGAUGGAGCGACCAAUGCAGGACCUGCUCCGUCUUUCCAAACCGAGGAAGACAUGAAGGCUCCUAUCAAGAAUUUCGCCCAUUCGCUUACGGAAGAAGACUACCAAAAUCUGUUCUCACUAUACCCCGCCAAAGAUUUCGAGCAGGAUGUUAAACACUACGAGGCACGAAAAAGCGAGUCAGACCCCGUCGCUCCGGUCCAUUAUUUCCGUGUCGCACGCAUCAUGCGUGAUCUUCUGUUCACGUGCUCCUCGAUCGAUUUUGGAUAUCAUGUGUCAAAGCAACCGAGUACGCGGGAUCCCAGCUUUCCAAGUGUUCGGCUCUACGACUUGAACCAGAGCAUGUUGACACCCAUGUUCCACGAGGCCGGAAUGCCAUGGCUGGGUGCCAUUCACGGAAGCGACUUGGACUACCUGUUCAACAAUGUCUUCCCCAAGGAGCACAUGUCGGAGGAGGAUCGACGGCUGUCUGAGUAUCUUCAGGCAGCUUUCAUUAACUUUGCUUAUGCGGGACACCCGGAUCACGAAAAUGGCAUCGCUGGGGACGCCACUUGGCCGGAAUCCUUCCCAGAGGGGGGCGAGGAUUUCAACCUCCAGGUCAUUGGCGGCCCACAGGGUACAGGGAACUGCCACCUGUCUGAAGCGGCAGCGCACGACACCAUGAAGAUAGAUGAGCAACUGGGUGAAAUGCAAAACCCUCUGGAAGACGUUAUUCAAUAUGGAGAGAUGGGCUCUGAUGCGGUUCAGAAGAGACAGGAUUUGAUUGAGCAUGAAAGGUUGAUGGAGAGAUGUGCCUUUAUCAGCAGUCUAUCUGAGAAACUAGGCCACUGA